GACCGGCGCAAUCAGGGACGGCGGCACGGCGCACGUUUUAUUGGCAAUCGUCGACGAUAGUAGCAUAGAAUAAAGAUUAGAGUACCACUAUAGAACGACCACGCACAACAGUCGUCACGUCGUCAUACAUCACUAUAUACAUCUGACAUCAGUCGCGUCUCACUGCUCGUUCGGGUUUAUCGUUUAUACAGUUUAGCGGCGUCGAGCGUAGUUCCCGCGAUCCGACGACUAAAUUAUUAUUACUAUUAUUACAUUGUACUCGGUGUAGGUAAAAUACCGUAUAUAAAUUUUUAAUCGCGUCGUUUACUCAUUUCCCUUGGUCGUACGCAGUUUUCUUUAGUCAUGUUUUUCUAGCUAUUUUCGUUCGGUUUCUGUUUUACUGCCCGCCGUGUUUUGUAUUCGUUACGUCAUAUUAUUUCGGACGAGGUAUCUUCAUCCGAAUUCACGUCGAUCUCCAUCAUUAGCCUGCAAAGCAUCCAGUGAAAUAAAAUACAGUUCCACGAUGGAUUUGGAAUUCGACUCUCCUACAGUGUUAAUUGAAGAUGUCACAUUGCCUUCUUUGUUGACCAGUUUUAGUACAUCAACUACAAGUUCAGUAGAAUUUACAUCAUCAGAAUCAGAGUCAGAAACUACUCGAGUACCCAUUACAAAACAAAAACCUUACAAAGGUCCAAUAAAAUCAUAUUCACUAGCUGAUUUGACGACAAUAAAGUCAUUCAAACCCCUGAUACGAGAAGAUUCAGCUAUUUAUUCUACAGAAACAUUAACCAGUGCCAUGACUACUAGAACAGAAUCAGGUAUUCAUAAUUCUAAUAGUUAUCUGACUUCAUUAGGUAAAAAUAAGAAAAAAUAUGCACAUGUUGAAAGUAAAGUAAAACAAUACAUUAAGGAUAUUAAAGACAAUGAAGCUAAAAGUAAAGCUACUAGAUAUAGUUUACAACCUUCAUCAAGAAAACAGCAAGUAAAUAAAUAUGUUGAUGAAAUGAUUAAAACUGAAGGUGAAGAAAUUAUAAAUUUAAAAAGCAAUUUGAAAAAAAUGGAAAUUCAAUUAUUGGAGAAAAAUAGACUUAUAGAACAACUUCAAUACAAUUAUAAAGUAAUGGAAAAUAAGUAUAAUUCUGCAACAAAUAUCAUUUUAAAAUUGGCUAAACCUAGUAGAGAUGUGUUAAAAUUUACUGAAAACGAAUUAAUAGAGCCAUUAUCCCCGGGUUAUAGUAUACCACCACCUAAAGAAGUAUGGGGCCGUGGUUAUAAAUUAAAAUCAUCCAAUACGUUAUCAGCUAUAAGAAAAGAAAACUUAAAUCUAGAGAAAGAAAAUGGCCUUAAAGUUCGAAAAGUGAAAUCAGGAGGUGACUUAAUAAAUUAUUCCAAUAUUGAUGCCUAUAAGACACCGAGAGAUUCAAGAUCUGCUAUACAAAAGGUAAAAUUGUGGCAAGAAUCAUUGGCAAGCACUGAUGUAUCUGAAAUGGAUACAGAUCAAGAUGUAGGAUUUCCAUCACCACAUUCAUAUUCUGUAUCAUCUAAUGAUUUAUCGUUGAGUUCAUUAGAAAUUGCACCAGUGAUGAAUAAUAAAUAUCCCAAUAAACAUGAAUGUCGUAGUGAUUCAUCUGGUUGUGGUAUGUCUUCAACCAGAGUAUCUAAAGAAAAUACAUUAGUUAGCGGUAUUAAUAUAUUAAUUGAUAACAAUGAACUUUGCUCUCCCUGUGAAAUGGUAAAACUACAUUCUUCUACACCUAUAAAACAUAUUGGGCAUAAUUUAUAUUCAACUAAAAACAAAAACACAGCUGGAUCAAAUAAACAAAACGAUGAAUCACAAAAGCGCCGUUCAUCAAAAAAAUACAGAAAAACGAAAUCUAAAAUUGAAGAAAGCCAAUGCCCAAAUGAAGUCGAUGAAUUUAUGUGUCAAUUUAAACAUUGUAUUGGCGUCAUAAAUGGUGUAGUCACAAAAAUGGAAGAAAGCUUUAUGUCACAAAGAUAAAUUUUUUUUAUUUAAAAUUUGUUGUGCCUAUUUUUGUACUCCAGUGUUAUAUAAUAAUGAAUUUAGUUUAAAGGUUUAUUAAAGGUUAUCAUUUAUACCUAUUUAUAACUAUUUUUAUAUUGAAGGGUUUCUUAUAUUAUUAUAAAAAUUGUUUUGUUAUGAUUUUUGUUUAAAUGUUUGUUUUUUUUUUUUACAUAUUGUCAUUAAAAUAAAAUAAAAUAAUUUAAUAUUUUAUUAUAUUGUUAGGUAUAUAACCAAAACUUAUAUUAGACUGUUAGGCUAGUUAUCUUCUCUUAAUACAAAUUUAAUAUAAUAUUACAUUAAAAAACUGUAUUCCAUGAAUUACUUUACUAUAUCUAUUUAUUUUAAAACAUAUUGAAGUUCAAAAACUAUAAUUAAAUGUCUUAAAUUCUAGACAACCCCCCGUGAUAAAUUAUGCAUAUAUAUAUACAAAUAAAAUUUCCCCAGAAAGUACAUCACCUUAUCAUCCAUAUUAUCAUGACUUAUUAAUUGUAGUUCUUAUUGAACUUAUAUGAUAUAUUAAUAUAAAUUAUUAUAAUAAUAAUGUAACAAUUAUAUAACUUUAUAUGCAAGCUUUUGCCAAUUAAUACAUUUAAAUUUAAAUUAUUAGUGUAUGAAAACAUUUUUCUAAAAAUGCAAGUAAUUAUUUUGUAAACUAAGGGUAGAGAAACUUUUCGUAUUUUGUAACUUAUGUUAUUAAGUACCUAUAAUUUAAUUCAUAUAUGUAUGUAUUUAUAUUGUUUUUUAAUUUAAGUUCUACAUCUUUAACAAAAUAUUAACUCUGUUAAUCUAAUUAUUCUUGUGUUUACUAUUUAAUUCUUUUUUUUUUUUAUUAAGUGUUAAACCUUAUGUUUAUUUUUUAUAUGUUAAGAUUUUGUUUAUUUUUUCAUAACACAAUUAUUUGCUAAUUCAUGUUUAAUUAUGCAAGCAGACAUUUUUGACUAAUUGAAAUAAUUGUAACUUUAAGUGCCAUAUUAGUAUCUGUCUAUAGGUGUGUUUGAUUGUUAACGACAAGACUGAUUCUACAUAAAUAAAACACUAAUUUAUUAUUUACAA